AUGAAAAACACAAAGCCAAAUGAAAAAGGUGAAUGUAUUAAAAUUUCAAGUCCUGUUUCAUCUGAUUUUGAAUCAGAAGAAGAGAAAGUGGAGGAGAUAUACAUGGCAAGUAUAUUGCCAAAAUUUGCUCCACAUAUAGGAUGUCAUACUGUCAAUGACAUUGAACAUCGCAUUAAGUCAACUUUAACGAAGAAUCAGUAUAAUAUCAUUUGUAAUAAUAUCAUAUUUACUGUCUUCAUGAAGAAAAAGAGUUAUGUGGUUCAAGCGCAGUUUGGAAGAUGUAUUAUGUCGCUUGACACUAAGGAAAGCACUGCAAAUUCCAUAGUAAUUCGUGCGAAGGGCACAAAUCUUCAUUUUAAUCCUAGAGAGUUUGUUGUGGUUACUGGUUUGAAUUGUGUUUCAAACAAGGAUGAUUUUGUGUUUGAUGAAGAUCUUCCGAAUAGACUUAUUGAGGACUAUUUUGGUGGUGCCAAGUAUAUUCAAAAAAGAGAAUUAUUUGUUGCUUUUUCUAGAAAAAUAUGGGGAAAAGACAAUGAUGAAGAUGCCGUGAAGUUUGCUAAUCUCUAUUUUAUUCAUGUAUUUUUGUUGUCUGCUGUUGAUACUGUAAUAAUUCUGCGGCUAUAUUUAAAUUUAGUUGAGAGUGGUCACUACAGUGAUUAUCCUUGGGGGUCUAUUGCAUUUGAGGAAUUAGCAAAGAGCUUGAAUAAAAAGUUGAAACCAAAAGGCAAGUUUUAUAUGCUACAUGGAAUGCCUCUGGCCAUUCAAAUUUGGUUGUACGAGUGUUGCUCCACUUUUCCUCGUAAUGUUGCUUCAAGGGUGGACAAUCAAAUUCCCCGUCUUUUGAAUUGGAAAACAAAUGCUCCCCAUCCACGAUACAAAUCUCUUAUGAAAAGCAUGUUUAAUGAAGCAAAUGUUUCUUUUAAGAAUAUUGAGCCAACACGAAAGGAGAUUUCAUGCUUUCGGAUACCCAAGAAGGUUGUUCCUGCAGGUGUAAGUCACAAAGAUGAUGAGGUUAAUUCGGAUGAUGAUUUUCAGGAUCUGCCACAUCCAAAAAAAUAUUCAAUCACCCGAAAAAAACAUCAUGAUGAUUCAUCAUCUUUACCUGUCAAGAAAAAGUUAAAGCAACAACAUAAAGGUUUGGAUGAGCAGACACCAAAAAGGACCUCUCCACCUCGUGCUGCAAAGAAGCUUUCUGUCAGGACUCCAAUUUUUAUGCCGAUUCAACAAAAAGAGAAAGUAUCUUCAAAGAGGAAAGACAUAAACCGGUCAGCAAGCAAGAAAUCUAUUCCGAUUAAGUCAUCUGAUUCGUCUUUGUGCAGUUCUGGAGAUGAAGAUGAUUUUGUUCUUCAAGAGAUGAAAUCCAUCCGUGGCCUAGUAUCAACAAGGUGUGAUGCGAUAAUGAAUGCUAUUAGUGAGAUCAAGAAAAAAGAUAAGGACAUUCAAGUUGACAAUCCACCCAUGGGUGAAGCUUUCAAGACUACACCACACCAUAAAUUCAGUUCAAAUUUUGUGCAUGAUCUUUAUAAGAAUUCUAAAGACACAUUGGUUACUGAAGAGAUCAACGGGAAUCAAAGCGCUAGUUUGAUGGAGGUAUAUAAUGAGGAUAAAGAUGAUGUUCUGGAUAAAACUGAUAUUGAUCAGCAUGAAGCAAGAGAUAUAUGUGAAUCACCGAACACAAAAUUGGUUGAUGAUAAUAUCGGCGAAGCACAUAUAUCAGAUUCUCAAUUCUCAUUUUCAAAUAAGGUGCUCAAAAGCAUUAAUCUUGAUUUCAUAAAAUCCAAUUUGGGAGUUGAAGAUGAGUCUACGAACAUAGGAGGUGCUGCAGAAACAACUGUGAAUACAUCAGCAGAAAAUGAGUCCAAGGUAUACUGGAAAUGUGUAUUGUCUGCGUUUAUUUCUUUUGCUUUAAAAUCACUUUAA